AUGAAAGUUCUGUUGGAGCGUGGUUUCUUUUUUAGAGCGAAGGUUCUUGUUCCAAGACCCAAGCCAAGGCCAGGAGCUUCUCAGGACACCAAAGAUUCUCCAAGAAUAAAGAAGAUCAAGGAAGAAAAGGCAUACGAAAGCGGAAAAGACAACGAAACCGCUAAUGAGUCGUCUGCGGAGCAAAAGAAGGUACGUUUUUCCGGAUUGUUGUACUUUAUUGCUGUUUUAAGCACAUUAUUUUUGUUUUAUAUUUACAUGCGUUAUACUUUUGAUUUUUAUCUUUUUAAGUACACUAGUAAUCUAUUUAUUUGGGUGGAUUGUAAUAUUUUUAGAACGAUGAGCGUCGCAAAAAGAAGAUCAAGUUGAUCGCACACGAUUCUCAAUACUUUAAUGAUGAUUCCGAUGUGUAUAUUUGGGUUUACGAUCCAACUCCGUUGUACAAAAAGAUUAUUGGUAUUUGUAUCAGUAAGUUCAGCGGAUUGUUUACAAUUUGUUUUUAGUUCUCGGUGUCAUCGCUGGCUGUUUGUUCCCUCUUUGGCCGGAAUGGAUGAGACUUGGAGUAUAUUACCUUGCUAUGGCUGGUAUCAUCUUCUUCGCGGUUAUCUUGGGUAUUGGAAUAGGUGAGUUUAUUUGUUUAUUGUUUUGCGGGUUUAGAUAUUAAAUUUCUUAGGUGGUCGAUUGUGCCUUACGCAAGUGUCUACGCGUAGUUUUUUUUUGUAUUUAAAAAACGUCAAGUUAAUGUUACUGUCUUUAGCAAGAACAAUCUUAUUUGGCAUAAUUUACGCGUGCACCCUUGGCAGACAUCACUUCUGGUUCCUUCCUAAUCUAUUAGCGGACGUUGGAUUCUUUGAGUCCUUCCAACCUGUAUAUACUUACGAAUACGUUGAUCCGAAUGCUCCGAAGGAGACUAAAAAGGAAAAGAAGAAGGUCAACAAUAGUGGAGAUGCCAAACCGAAGAAGGAAAAGUCGAAAAAACCUGAAGGUAUGUCGAGUUUACGACGGUUAUUAUUUAUCUAUUUGAACAUUCAACCAUUAAUGUGGUUUGUCUUGCAGAAGAAAAGAAGGUUGAAGAAGAGAAUGUGGUAGAAGAUGUACCAUCAGAUGGUGAGGAAAACGAAGAUGCUGAGAAAUACUCGAAUCCGUCUUCGGAAUCAGAAGGAAAGGCUGAGGAAAACGAAUCAGGAUCCAGCAGCCCAGUCGAAGCUAGCCCCAAACCAGCCACGGGCGACGUACGAAGACGUCGGAAUGUGAGGAAAGUCGAGGACGACUACGUUCUUGUAGACGGUGAAUAA